AUGUCAUCAAUACAGGUCACAAUACUUUACUUUGGUCGUCUUCGUGAACUAGUUGGCACAUCCAGUGAAAAACUAGACUUUGAUCCUUCAAUUUCCUAUACGAGUCAAACUAUUCUUGUUCGUAUUAUAGAAAAUCGUCCAAUUUUAAAAUCUUUUUUAAUUUCAAAUUGUUUUCGCUUGGCUGUUGAUCAAGAAUACCUACCCGAAAGCGACUUUCCCAUUCUAAUCGAACAGCUCUAUCGACGAGUUGUUUCUCCUUCAAGCGGCGCUGUUUCGUCUUUUAUUGGCAUUACAAGAGACAAUUUUGAAGGCCGUCGAGUGACUCGUCUUUCCUAUGAAGCUUACGAACCAAUGGCAUUAAAGGAACUGAAUCGUUUAUGCGAUGAUGCUCGAAGAAAAUUUGUCAACAUUGAACAUAUUGCGAUUUCUCAUCGCCUAGGCGACGUGCCAAUUUCUGACAUAUCCGUUGCUAUUUACGUUUCGGGGCCUCAUCGACGUGAUGUAUUGGAUGCCGUUUCCUUUCUCAUCGAACAGCUCAAAGCAAAUAUUCCCAUAUGGAAAAAGGAAUUCUACGAAGACUAUAACGACAACAACAAGAAUAAUAAGAGCAAUGAUAAUAAUAGUAACAUAUCAACGUCUUCUUAUUCCUGGAAAGAAAAUAGAUAA